GUGACGAGCUCAGUCUAACCGGCGAUCGGCCCAGCGAGUAGACACGUCCUGCACCGCCUUUCAAACCCUUCGUUACCAGCACUUUUUUUUAAACCACCGUCACUGAACUUUUUGAGGGGAAAACAACUCAGUGAACAGAGAAAAUUGCAGAGAAGUUUUAAUUUUUAUUGAUCUGUCAUUCGGAGCCCAUUCUCUUUGCUACCCAUAUGGAGAAGGAUAACAAAGAGGACCAUCAAGAGCAUUAUUUCGAAGGCGUGGAGAAGCUUUUGGAAGUCUGGUUCACCCGGAAAGAUGGCGCUAUCCAACAUUGCGAUCUGCGCAAAGUUCCCAGGGAAAAAUGGGUGAGCAUGCUCAAGAUUGUCCGUUGUGAGAUCAUCAGCAUGACGCGUAACGAUACCAUCGACGCUUACGUUCUCAGCGAGAGCAGCAUGUUCGUUUCGAAACGUCGGAUCAUCUUGAAGACGUGUGGCACCACCACUCCUCUGCUCUGCCUGAAAUCUCUGCUUUACCUCGUCCAACGUUACGCCGGUUACGACGAGGUUCAGGAUUUGUUCUACUCGCGCAAGAAUUACAAGCGCCCAGAAUUGCAACAAGAACCACACCGCACUUUCGCGGACGAGGCUGCCUUACUCGACGCCAUGUUUCAUGAUGGCGCGGCCUACUGUCUUGGAGCGGUGAAUCGCGAUUGCUGGUACUUGUAUACACUAAACCCAUACGCCUCUCCGGCUGGUCACUCGCUGAGUGCCCUGCUGGCCGGCGCCACUGAUGGCGACGACGGAUUCGGAGCAUCGGAUGGCGAGGAGGGGACAGACGGAAGCAGCAGCGAUGGCGGCUGCGAUGGGAUUGAAGACAGUGGCAGCGAUGGAGCCGAUAGCAGCGAUGAUAGCUUGGAUCUGCGUACCAUGAACCUGUCUGGUCUUAACAAACGGAAUGUCGCCCAGCGCUACUCAAUCGGCAUGGGACGAGGACAAACCAACUCGUCGGAAGCCGAUCAAACCCUCGAGAUCAUGAUGAGUGAUCUGGAUCCGGAAGUGAUGAAGAUUUUUACCAAGCAGUUCUCGGCCAACGCAGCUGAAGCUACCCAGAAAUCUGGCAUAGAUAAAAUUCUAUCCAAUGUAACCAUUGACGAUUAUUUAUUUGAUCCUUGUGGUUAUUCGAUGAACGGUGUUCUUAAAAACGGCGAAUAUAUGACAAUCCAUAUCACCCCGGAAGCUAAAUUCUCCUACGUCAGUUUUGAGAGCAACAUCCCGCAAUCUUCUUACAUGGAUGUCAUCACCCGUGUCCUCGAGACAUUCCGUCCGGGCAAAUUUAUUGUCACUUCGUUUGCCAAUAAGGCGUCUGUGGUGGAGGAUACGCACAAAGAUUUGUUGAACGCUGACAUGUUGAGUGAAUUUAAGCGUCGCGACAUUCAAUACUGCCAUCUGAAGAACUACGACCUGACCUACGCUCUUUAUUCUAAAUUUCCCAGCUGAGUUUGGCGGGAACCCAGGCAUAAGUCUGGGUGCAUCUCCCAUAUCGCCUCGGAAAACCUUCUUCCCCCUUUCCUUUUCCCUUCCCCCUUUCUCAGCUUCUUUUUCCUUUUUGUUCUUCUCUCAUCUUUGGCGUCACUCUCUUCUUUCAAUGCUGUGUUGCUACGUACUACUUCUUCACGUCGCGCGGCACGUUUCGGGGUGAAUGGACGAUUCCAGUUAUUGUUCAACUCUACAGUGAAGACGCUCAUCAUGGUUCAGCAUCAAGAGAAAGACCAACUGUAUCGACUGGUUUUGCCGUCAGACUUGGUUCUCUUUUGCUGGUGGCGAACUAAGAUCUCCUAGUGUCGACUCUCAUUGCCAUGUUAAUCAAGUAGUGAUUUUUAUAACAACAAUUUCGGUGGUAUAGAUGUUAUUAUGAUUAUCUACAUGAGUCGCAUAUGAGGGUGACUUGGCAGUGAACCGACCGAUUAUGUACGCAAAACCAACAGCCACUCUUCCACUUUUUAAUGAUGGCACAAUCAGGUGGAAAUGAAUCGAAAGAGAAACCCAAACGCCAAUAUUUACGUCGUAGCGUCUUUUGCAUACUUAUUUCACCAGCUCUGUUUUUUUUUAAUGAUCCUCCCAACCUUAACCCUCCCUUAUCUUCAAAUGAAGAAAAUCUUCCGAGGCGAAAACGGAAGAUGCAUUCGGAUUGAUUUUGUUGACGACUUGGCUCUUUGGUACACCCGAUAAAUAUCUAUUGGUGUUUUCAUCGUAAUCCCUUUUGAUUUUGAAGUAAUGCAACUGUCGUAAAGAGAAAUCAUAUUGGCCCUUUACAGUAGAAAUGAUUGUGGGUCAUAUAUAUUCUGUUCAUGCUGUUA